AUGGUGGAGGAAGAUCGUACGUCGUUAGCUCCGACGGAAAUCUACGGCCGGAGCGACGAAGAACAGAACGGACCGAGAAUCUGGCGCCGGAAAACAGAGCAGCCACCAGGAAACUGCAUCGUCUACUCCUUAACAAUAUUCGUCAUCGUCUUCGCAGUUUGUUUAAUCCUCUCACUGAUCUUCCUCCGCGUCUCAAAACCGGAGAUCGAAAUUGCAUCCGUAUCCACGAGAGAUCUCUUAUUCGGCAGUAACUCAACGAGCCCUUACUUCAACGCAACGCUAGUGCUCGACAUCUCGAUAAGAAACUCGAACUUCGGAGCUUUCGAGUUCGGAGACAGUUCGGUGACAGUUGUUUACGAAGGUCGUGAGGUUGUGGGAGAGACGACGAUCGGUGGGAGGAGAGUGGACGCUCAUAAGACGGUUAGAAUAACCGGGGUUGUGAUUGAGAUCGGUUCGUUUCGGUUAUUGCAUUCUAGGGAUUUGGGAACGGAAUUGAGAUCGGGGUUUUUGGAGUUGACGAGUGUUGCUGAGAUUGGAGGCAGAGUUAAGGUGAUGGGAAGAAGGAGAUUGAAGAAGAGUGUGAUGAGUUGUACCAUGAGACUCAAUUUAAACGGCCGGUUUAUUCAGAAUUUGUUAUGUGAAUAG